GCUGAGUUCGAAGGCCUCUUGUCUUUAAUUAUCAUUGGUCCACGUUGUUGUCAGUCUCUUUUUCCGGCGUUCUUAUUGGAUAAUGGGAGAAGAAGGAAAGACGACUGGCUUCAGGCAAAUGAAUUUCCUGGUUUAUGUGCGUGUGUUAAUGCGUGUGUUAGUGCGUGUUAGUGCGUGUGUUGGUGUGUAUGUUAGUGUGUAUGUUAGUGUGUAGUGUACGAUCCGAAUACUGUAUAAAUAAAUGUAGUUAAACAGCGAUACACACGAUUAGUGAGCGGAUGUGUUUGUGUUGUUAGCUGCGAGUCACCGUGUUAAUUACACAAGGACUUUUACACACGGUGUGUUUAUUACACAAGGACUUUUACACACGGUGUGUUUAUUACACUUAUUGUGAUUAUUACUGGCGACAUGACUGCGGAUCUACUGUCUGAUUUGGACAGUCGCUUCUUUGCGGAUAAUCUGCUGACCAGUGAAGACUGGGAUGCCUGUCUGUUUCACUGUGAGAGCAUGGAGGAGGGUGAAGACAGGCUGAAAUAUGAGACUCUGAUUGACAAUGACCUUGUGCUGACCCUUGACCCUGACAACCCUGUGACACCAUGGAAACACAUGGAGAACAGACUGCUUGAAGGUGACAUGUCGCUAAUGAAGGACAAGAUGACGAUAACACAACCUCUACCUGUGGACAUGUUGUUCCAAGUCAAGGCCGAGCCUCCAUCUCCUUCGUCCUCACCAGCCUCAGACAGUUCUCUGUCCUCCUUACCUGAAGCUCAGUUUCAGGUGAAAGGUGAGAACCCCCCCACCCCCCCCUACAUGUAUGGAGAUGUUCUGUCACCCCCGGUGGGAGCCAUGGAGGUUACUGUGGCAAGCACAGCCCCGCCUCCUCACCAAGCUCCACCCACACUUCCUGUUCCCACAGUAGCACAGACCACAGUGAAUGCUGGCUCCAUUCUCAGCAGUAAGCCUGUGCUACAGCCGAGGCCAGUGUGUGUGGCCGCUAAAACUCUGAUCCUGCAGGGAACACAACCAGCAGUGGUUCUGUCCCCAUGUUUGGGCUCUGCUCCGGCCAUCGUUAAAAUGGAGCCCGUGUCCCCCAGCAUGCACUGCACCAGCCCUACAGCCCCGCCUACCACCAAGCCCAUCAUCCCAGCAUCCUCUCUGCCUGGGAGCAACUGCGGCGACAUUGAUAUGAAGGUGCUGAAGCGUCAGCAGAGGAUGAUAAAGAACCGCGAGUCUGCUUGUCAGAGCCGGAAGAAGAAGAAGGAGUACGUACAGAACCUGGAGGCUCAGCUGAGAGAAGCACAGCAGGAGAACGAACGGCUGCGCAGAGAGAACCACACCCUGAGACUCCGACUCGCCAGCAAAGAGGUCAGAGACCCGCGAUUAGAUGGUCAGGCUUUGUGCUGGGUGGAUGAUGGAUCGGACGGUCAGACUGACAGUCAGAUGAUCAGACCGAUGGACAGACAGACAGACAGGCAGUCGGGUGCUGAAUCAGGCAGUAAUAAGCGAGCGGUGUGUGUGAUGGUACUGCUGCUCUUCAUCACCUUCAGCUUCGCUCCUGUCAGCAUCACGGACAGGAAGUCACCGUCUGCACUGGAGGAUGGGGAGGAGCUUCAUACGGGGCGUCGCCUGCUGGUGUACGAGCCAGGCCGUGUGGUGAACGACAGAGCGACGGAGGACAGACUGGACAGCGAAGAGGACAUAGGAGAGGAGGGGUGGAGGAGAAGAGAGGUGGAGAGGGAUAACCCUGAGAGCUUUCACUUCAGGAACGUCAGCAGCUUGUUCAGUGAUGUGAAGGAUCUCGUCUUGCAGGACCUCGACCGGCUCUUCUCCUCCUCCGACUGCAGACAGUUCAAUCGCUCCGAGUCACUCAGGCUGGCUGAUGAGCUGCGUGGUUGGGUUCAUCGCCAUCAGAUCGACAGGAAGAAGACAAACCGCAAACCAAAGAUAGCACAGAAGGCAAAAAUAGCACAGAAAGCACAACACAGGAAGACGAACUUCUCACGUUACCUCCCCAUCGAGACUCACCGCUCCAUCGAGAGUCAGCUGCAACUCUUACCCGGUCCUGAGGUGAGCUACAGCGACUUCCUGGAUGCCAUCGAUCGGCGCGAGGACACGUUUUAUGUCGUCUCCUUCAGACGGGAUCAUCUGCUUCUUCCUGCGAUCACUCACAACAAAACCACACGCCCCAAAAUGUCUCUCGUCAUGCCCGCUAUGGCCGUCAACGAGUCGGUGUAUAACUCGUCUCAGGGUGGAUACGAGCUGAUGAUGCAGGUGGACUGUGAAGUCAUGGACACCAGAAUAAUCCCCAUUAAAUCUUCUGUGGUCCCGCCCUCGCUCCGAGACAAGCCCCAGAACCCGCCCUCUCACCACCAUCACCAUGGCAACCACACCCGACCCCCCCAUGGAGGCGGGGCCUCGGCAACCAGGCAGCCUUUACCUGUCAGGAGGAGGGGGGCGGAGUUUCUCAUCACACAGUCGGGAUCGUAACGUAAGAAUAGAGAAGAAUAAAAAAAAACAAAAAAAAAACCCAGAUUUAUAAAAUUGCAGAAUUUUCUACUAUUUUCAUCGCCCAAAUCCUGCAAUUCUGUUGUUCAGCUUUAACGCUGCGAUCGUUCAAAUCUUGUGGAGCUGAAGGUAAAGAAAUGUAACGAUGUUUUAAAAUCUCUAGAUAUAUUUGUUUCCAUGGCAACACUGGUGUUAUUUUUUUUUCUUGCAAUGUUUGACCUUAGGGUCAUUCUGUAGUUACACACAGUUUCCACUGGGUGUCCCCAAACUCCCAGAAUCCCGUCAGUGAGCCGUACAGGUCUCUAGUCUCUCACCUUUCCCAUGCAUUACUCACUGAAUUCCCACAAUCCCCCUGUGUGUGUCGCUACACUCAGAAUUCCGAUGUAAAUAACCUGCAACCAAAACACUGUAAUAUCUCAGUACGGCUCAGCGAACUCCGGUGAGAGACAUUAAGGUGUGUGUUCUGUAUAUUUGUGUCUUUCUUUUCUUUUCUUUUUUUUACCUCCUACUCGAUGCCAGUCACAUCUACGUUUUUUCUUUUGUACUCGUUUAUGAUUCGAGAAUCUUGUUGUGCUUUUAUUUAAAUGAGAAGCUUGUGAUCGAAAUAUCAGUUUACUGUCAGGUAAAAAAACCCCCAGAGCUUCUGCACUGUAUCGUGUGUGUGUUAGAAUCCUGGCUGAUGUCACAAAGCCGUCAGGAAGCGACGGCGUAAAAGCCCUGGCCCGAGCGGCGCUCGUACCGGGAAACGUAAGGCUGCGGUCGUCAUGGAAACGCAUUGGCAUUAAUGUGUGAAGUUGUAAUAUAGUGUAUAUUUAAAUCUGUUUUUAUCCGGUCAUUUUCGAGACUUUAUUACUAGAUCCGUGUUUAAAGGGAGAAUCGUACACCUUCGUACGUUCAGUCAAACGCAGCCGCUUUAGAUCACGACGUCGUCACGUGUAAAUAAUCGUGCGCACUUCUUCGCUCAUACUUUUGACACGUUGGCUUUAAGAUCUUUACCGGAAUAGAAUCUUAUUUCUCCUUCAAACAAAGACGUAAACAGAGUAGAUCCUGUCGGUAUGUCUGUGUUUACGCUACAGUUUUCCUCGUGACCUUUUUAACCAGGAAACGUUAAAAUAUCUGAGUGCAGAAAUGUCGUCGUCAUUCGACACAACAGUUCGUGUGUGUAUCAGAUUGUCCUGCCCAUAUAUUUAUUUAUAAUUACAUAGAGAUCGAUUUAGAUGUAAAGGAACGAAUGAAAGAAGAGCCAGAAAUGAGACUUUUAGCACAUCCUCUAUAUGUAGUGGGUAUAAUAUAGGACUGUUCUAGAGAUGCUCAUUAAACAUUCCUAUUAGAUCAUCACACACACACACACACGCGCACACACACACACACAUGGCUUUAUGAUCGCUGUAAAUGUUUUGCUGCUUGUUUUUAUAAUUUAUGAGAUGUUUUUAUUUCUUGGCUGUGAGAUUUUGUAUGAACCACUGUGUGCUUUUUCUGUUUGUUUCUGACAAAAGAACCUGCUAAAUAAAUAAAAAUAAUAAAACUGG